AUGGUCCUUGCAACACAGCAAACAGUGACCGGUGAUCUGGCCGCACUCGCCAGGCGGACAACCCUCACGGCUCUCUUCCCGCCGGGGCAUUGGGGCUACGGGAGGCGGUCCCGCACGCGGGUUGCCGACCCAGCCCGUCACGAGAGCUCCAAAGGCAGAGAGGGCGGCGAUGGAAAAAAGCCCCGCUCCUCCUCGGCGGACCGGCGUUCUCAGGGGUGCGGGGCCGGCGCCGAAGUCCGGCCGGGAAGGCACCCCGGGCCCGCCGCCCCGCAAACCCCACGGAGCGGACUCGGUACCGAGACCCAAGGGCGCGCGAAGCAGGAAGUCCCGCCCCCACGCCGACGUCACCCUCGCCGCGGACGCCGGCCGCGGCCGGAGGCCGUUAGAGGGAGGAGAGGGAGGAGACGAGCGGCCCGAGGCGGGAGCUGCGGCCGACAACCGCGGGAACGCCGGGCCCGGGCGGCGCCCCGAGAGGCCUCUGGGGGUCGCCAAGAUCCCCAGGGGCAAAAGGAACGCACAGUCCGGGGCCGGCACCUGCUUCAGGGAGCCAGAGUGAGGCGCGCAGUAGAGCGGGAAGCCGCGCUCCCUCGCCUCCUCCCCACGCAGCCCCUCCGGGGCUUUCCUCCAGCUUCCCGCUUGUGCGCUCGGCCCCGCUCUUCGCACACUUUUUUCCUGUCUGAGGACUCUGGUGGUGGUCCUGGCGCCACCGCCGCCUGCCUUCGUGCCCUACCGUGCAGAUUAGAGAGUCUCGAAGUCGCUGCCUUACGUCGGCCGUGGGGCCUCCGCCCACGAGUGCGGAGCCGGCGCGGCCUGCCCGGAGGAAAUGGCCCGAUGGUGCUACCUACUACUGACUACUCCACAGUCCCUCCACAUUCCAAGAAUGUCUUCUUGAGACUAUAUCCUUAUGACUUGAUGGAAACUUGGAAAGCAUUAUAAUCACAAAAGCAAUACUUUUGCAGCCAAUUCCAAGAGCAGAUUACUUACACAGGAGCUAAUUUCAUCUAUCAUAACUGAUCUUUCUCUUUAGCUUCAGUUUCAGAAGGUGAUCAUUUCCUAAACUUACUUCUAAAUUCUGUAGCUGUACAGCCUCUUUGGUCUUUAAAACCCCACUAUUCAAGUUUAUCAGUUUCAAUUGAGAAAUUCAAAACUUAAAAGAAGGUGAAGGCACUGUAGGAGAGGGAGAAAAGGAACAGAGGAAAUCAUUAAACUUUUCUGUUUCAUAAUUGUUUUACCUGAACAAUUCUUCGAGCUCAAGUUUUGUGAUCUUGAUGACUAUGUUCUCGAGUGGUUCUCAAUAGAAGCAUUCUGGCAAUCUGUGAAGGUGUCAUUAGUUACCUCAAAAUGGGGACAGUGCCACCAGCAUUUGUGGGUAAGGCCAGGGAUGCUAAACAUCCUGCAAUACAUGUGACUUUGGUCAGUUCAGAUCCAUGGAAAAGUAGACAUCAAGAGAUUUUGGGGGGAAAAUAGCUAUUAAGAAAAAAACAAAGAGGAGGCAGGAGGCCAGGAGUGCCCUCAAACUGAUGCAGUUCUGCUACCCAUGAAACAAGAAAGGGCUGCCAUUCAGCUCUGGGAAGUCUUGGCUAGACCAAUGAGGAGCCUCCAAAGACUGACCAUUUGAAGGGCUCCCCAUUUGGGUGGGCGUGGCCUGGCUCUAACACCAGAGCUGUGCUCAGUCUUGAUGGGGAGCAGUUCAGGGAGGAUGAGGCUAUAACAUAAAUGCUGUGGUGAAUUCCCAAGGUAUAGCACUAGAAGACUGUCAGAUAACUAUAACAUUCACAGCAUUUUCUCUCCCUCUGUAUCUCACUCUCUCUAUAAAGGAAAUAAAAAUGACACUUUACUUAGAAACCUUUGCCUGUAAACAAGAGAACAAGUUGAUAUAAAUAAGAUCAUAUGAGACAUGCCAAGGUGAAUAUUUUGAUGCUUUCCCUUUUUUUUUUUGGCCAGGUUAAAAACGCGUGGUACAGAAUAAGUCUUGGGACACAAGAGACACUUGAGAGCUGAGAUCCAGUAUGAAAAAUAAGAUGAAUUAACUUCCCAGGCUGCAACAAUAUUUACAUUUCUAAGUUGUCCCAAAUUUGUUUCACAUUUUGAGCUCAAAAGGCUUAUGGGAACUUUAGGGAAACUCCGCUGGCAUCUUUUAAAUUUUGCUUACUGUCCCCAAGAGGAAUAGCAUCAGAAUUUAACAGAGAUGGCACUAUCUGGCCUACAGUAUCAAUAAUCUUAUCACAGAUCGACCCCUGUGGUCCCUGUUAAGACUCUUUGAGGGUUCCAGUUCAUUGUCAGCUUCAUCGAGUUCACAGUUGUAGCAUCACAAAUAAAAAUAAUCUUAGUUGAUGGUCUGCGACCUUUUGCCUAAGUUAUAGGCAGAGAGUCACAUUUAUUUUGUUGUUUGAAAAGCUUCAUAUCACCAUUAACAAAUGUCUUACUAGUGUAUUUGGCUAGCAUCUGCUUCUGAAGAGGCUGGCUUGGAAGGAAUUUUCAUAGUUAUUUUUAAUUUUUACCUUGACUUUUGGAGGUGAACUGAUGUCAUUUUUAAUUGUUACCAAAGGCAUUUUGUCAAAAGAUUUCUUUCUGUUUCCACCUUCAUCAUCAUCUUUAUAAGUAUCAUUUCCCAACAUUUCUGUAGCUUUAGAAGCAUUUGCAUCUAUUUUUAUUCAUUUCAUGAUUUCUUCACUCCUUCCUUUCUAGUCUCUCUUGAAGGAAGAUCUGAGCAGUGCAUCCCACA